AACAUGUACAUCGUAAGUUUGGCGAUGGCUGACCUGAUUGUUGGAAUUAUAGUGAUGCCUAUUAGUACGAUUUAUAUCUUUACAGAGGAAUGGAUUUUUGGAGUCGCUGUCUGUCAAAUCUGGAUUGCAGUGGACUAUACAGCUAGUACUGCGUCCAUUCUUAAUCUUUUUAUACUAAGUGUCGACAGGUAUUGGUCUGUGACGUCACCAUUACGUUAUCUACGGAAAAGAACGAAAAAGAGAGCACUGGUUAUGAUUUCGAUUGUUUGGGUAAUUUCAUCUUUAUGGAUUAUACCUAUUGUCGGGUGGCACCAUUUUGCUUAUGAUGGCAUCAGGACGGUUCCAUCUAAUGUUUGUGACACUGAAUAUGCCAAGGACUCCAUUUUUAAAGUGGUGACAGCGUUUUUCAAUUAUUUUCUUCCUUUAGCUAUUAUGUAUAGUCUUUAUGGUAAAGUUUUCCAUGAGAUCAGAAAACGGUCGGCUUUGGAACUUGGACAACAAUAUCCAACGGCAACAACACCAAUGACGUACAACUACGAUGGAGAUUCGCAAUUAGGCGGAAGCAGCAGCUAUAGUGAACCACGUAUUGAUACUUUCACAGAUCCACAUUCCAACAGAAUUGAAGAUGCCAAUCAUCCAACGACCAUGAAAAAUAGCUCACUCCAAAAAACUAAAAAGGUGAAACUUAAAAGUAGCAAAUGCCUCGUUUUGAAAUCCAAUAAGAUUUUGCUGACAACGAGCAGCAACGGGGCUUCUGAUCGGUCGAGGUUAGCUCAGAGAUGUAGGGUGGAAUACAUUUAUGACGAGAAUGUUCUAGAUCAAAAGACAGAAAAAUUAGAAAGAUUUUACUACGAGGAAAACAUUCCAUUGUCCUCUAUUCGUUCCAUGGACGCCCCCAACCCAAACUUUUGUAAUGAUUACUUAACAAAUCCAUCAAGCUCUCAUCACAGUUCGAGUAGUGAGGAGAGAUAUCAGGGUACAUGUAACACGGGUAUGAAGUGUAAUAGGAAGAUGUUGAAAUGUAAUAAUGUUUACGGGUUGACGAAUGGUAUCGAAAAACUUCGCCAAACGGAGAACAUAUUAGACACUGCUAUGAUCACGAAUGGAAACAAUGAAAACGACAGCAAUAAUAUUGCCCAAAGUGUUUGUAUGAUUGGCGAUGUGACUUCUCGUCGCAUUUCAAAUAUGUUUAACAUAAAACAUCGCAUUAAAAACUUUCGUCAAAGUUCGUCACUCACGAGGGAAAUAAAAGCUGCCCGUCAAUUAGGGGUAAUAAUGGGAGCUUUUACAGUUUGCUUCUUGCCAUAUUUUACUUUGUUUUUAGUGGUAGCUUUUUGUGAUAGUUGUGUCGAUACAGAGCUAAUGACAGCCAUGACCUGGAUAGGUUACCUAAACUCGACAUUAAACCCCUUUCUAUAUCCUCUAUGUAAUAUGAACUUCCGCCGGAAAUUCAGGAAAAUGCUGCGUAUUGAUCGCAAUAUUAAACGACGUUCACGACAUGCCGUAGAUCGAAAUAGCCUUACAAUGAGAUAUGACUGACAUAAAUGUCGUAAAAAAUCGUAAUGUUGUUUAAUUUAAUGCUUUCAUAACAUGCUACAAUUGAAUUCCAUUAUAUAAAUGUUUGUCAUUGAU